AUGACCCAUCUCACAACCACCACCGCCCCGUCCAGCCGGUCAUUUUCCCCGCCGGCAACGAAUCCGUCCGAAACUGCGAAGCUCUGGAAGCUCGUGCACAAAUCGAACAUGUCGCAACUCCCAGGACGCAGUGAAGGAUCCGCAACGCCGCCGUCGCCUCCAACGAGCUCAAUUCCCCGCGCCACUUCUGUCGGCAGCUCUGCCACAAACCGUAGCACGCGUAUCAACCCCCAAAACCCUCGCUUUAUUGAACGCAUCCUCCAACCACGCCGCAUAGACAUCGACAAGACGAAACGGACGACCCCGAGCGCAUUCUCGCAUUUUGGCACGUCCAGCACGACGGCAGACUCCCGCCAGCUCCCGGGCCUGGAGCAAGCCAGUGUUUUGGUGAGAGAUGACGAGCACGAAUUCGAAAAAAUCAGGGACGAAUACCGAGAAAUGAGGCUGGAAUGCCUUUGCGAGGCCGAGUUCGCCGCCUUUGGCACCGAGUGCUUCUUCCGCGGUCAACGACGGGCGGCGCACGCGACCGAAGACUCGCUGCUGCGCGUUGUACGCAUGAUCCAGCCCGUUUCCGUACCCGACAGCGACACGUUGCAAGUCCCGCCGGUAUUGCUAGAGAUGGACGGCACAGAGUUGGAAAAUUCCGCUGCCGAAUGGGCGGGCGACCUCCGGCCAGAUUGCAGCUACUGGCUUUCCAUACGUGGCUUCAACCGCGACUACUCGCAUCAAGUGCAGACCGUCACGUACGUCAAACACAAGGCCAUUUGCCCGUACCUCACCGUGGAGUUCAAGCGCGACAACGAGUCCGAAGAUGUCGCCAUCGCCCAAGUCGCCGCCGCCGGCGCCAUCGCCCUCUUCAAUCGAUUCCGCCUCUACCGCUCCGCAGUGGCUUCCAAAAACGACCAGUGGGUACUGGUGCCUGUUCACGACUUGCGCCACUACGCCAUAACUUUUGUAGGUAGUCGGUACGUUGUCUGGGUUUUACGCGUGCGCGUCGAUUCCUCUGCCGAGUGGGACGGUUGCACCAUGGAGAGGCUCGUAACGGCAGACUGCUCUGAGAACUCUGUCUCUGUACGUGAGCUUGCACACUGGAUCAAUGAGAUCCACAGAUGGGCCUUGACGGCACAUGGUCCCGAGUGCAAGAAUGAGAUCAAGGCCGUGCUGAGGGGAGCGGGAGUGCGGACGUCAGAUAUAUAUUCUUUGGCUUAA